AUGGACAGGGAGAAGACGUCAAACCAGUCCAGAAUGAAUUCCUCCGCUCUAGUCUCCGACUGUUCAUCCUCUUUCUCUGCAUCCUGGUGCAACUCAUCUCACCUCAUUUUAUCGCAUUCCCUUGUGUCAGUCCCUUCCUUCUCUGGCUUUGAUCUUCUGCUCAAUCUGAAGCUCUUUUUCAUCCCUCUCUACUCUGCUGUGGUCAUCAUUGCCUUGUCUGGAAACAUCCUUCUCCUCUUCCUCAUUUGGCACAACAAAAAAAGAUACACCACCACAAAUUUUCUCAUCAGCAACUUGGCCCUUGCUGACCUGGUAAUGUGCAUCUUCUGCGUCCCUCUGACGGCAUCCUAUGCUUUUGAUAGGCGAGGAUGGGUGUUUGGCUACCACAUGUGCCAUUUUGUUGCUGUCAUGCAGUCUGCAGCUGUCUAUGCAGCAGUCUUAUCACUCAUGGCUAUAGCAGUGGAUCGUUACAUAGUUGUGGCUUAUCCCAUCCGCAAAAGAGCCGGAUGUCAGUUCUGCUGGGGUCUAGUCAUCCUGAUCUGGCUGUCCUCACUGGGAUUAUCAACACCUGUAGCCCUGCACACUGUGCAUCUGGACCUGCACGCCGCAGGCCUGGAAAUGGCUGUGUGUGAGGAGUUUUGGGAUGGUGAAGAGCAAGGCCGCCUCAUUUACUCCUGUUUCAUCCUGUUGUUCUCCUACUUUGUCCCGUUGGCUGCUGUCUCCAUUUCCUACUGUGCUAUAUCCUACCACCUAAGGCAGAGGACCACAUCUGGUUUGACUGCUUGUCCAGGGCUAAGAUCUACACAGGCUGCCUGGAGUAGACGGAGGAAGAAGACCUUCUAUCUCCUAUUGGUGUCCGUUCUCUGUUUUGCCUUCUCCUGGCUCCCCUUACAGGUGGUGAACCUGAUCCGUGAUUUGGACACGGACUUUUCCAUCCUGGGGAAGAAGUAUGUAAAUGUCAUCCAGGUUUCUGCUCACCUGCUUGCCAUGAGCUCCGCCUGCUACAACCCCUUCAUUUAUGCCUCAUUGCACACCAAAUUGCCGUCUUGCCUGUGUCUCCACUUCCUGUCUCGGAGGAAAGGAACAGGAAAGGACAGGGGCCAAGGGUCGAGCACCCUGACAGUGUCUCAAAGAAUGCCACAGAAUUACAUCUCCACCGUUGGUGCCGAUUUACCAGGUGCUGGCAUGAAUGACACUUGA